ACCUCUGCAAACAUUUGGCUUUUCUCCUGCAUUCCUUCUAAAGCUGCUGGCUCUCUUCGAGCCUACCUCACCCAGUACCCUUUCGGCUGGCUCUGCCAUACAAAGCCCAGUCCGCCCAUCUCCUCUUUGCAAGCCCUGCGAACUUCAUUCCCCAUGUUGAAACUCGUCGGUGUCGGUGGCGGGCAGAACUGGGCAUGCUCAGUGGCGGGGACAGGUCCGAGAGGCGAGGAAGAAGCUGCAUUUGAAGUCUCAAGGCCUGGGGAUCAAAGGGAGGCGGGCCGUAGAGGCCCGGGCUGGGGCUGCGCUGAGAUCCCCAGUUCCGCGCCGGAGGCCGAAAUGCUCCGGGCGGGCGCGGCGGGGUCGCCGCGCGGGGGGCAGGGCGUGGGGGAGGUGGGGGAGUCGGCGGGAGAAGGGGAGGAGCGCCCAGCUCGCCAUCCCCCGGCGCCGGCUCUGCGGCUGCUGAGUCGGAAGCAGCGGGGUGGAUCUGAGGAAAGAAAGACAUCCGAGCAUGACCUCCAGGGAGGCCGCCUGAGCCGAAGCCCACGCGCUGCUCCACCGGCCCUGGGCAUGGGUGACCGCGGCGCGCAGCCGGAGCGCCCGGCCGCGCACUCCCCAGGGGCGGCCGCGGGCACCGGCGUCGCCGCCGUGAAUGGGCUGCUGCACAACGGCUUCCACCAGCCGCCAAUCCAGCAGCAGCUCUUCUGCCGCCAGGGCUCCGCGAGUGGCGGUGACGCAGCGCCCCCGCGCCCCCUGCUCCUGCCGGAGCUCCAGCCGCCGCCGCUGCUCCCGCAGCAUGACUCUCCGGCCAAGAAAUGCCGGCUGCGGAGGAGGAUGGACUCCGGGAAGAAGAACCGGCCGCCAUUCCCAUGGUUUGGUAUGGAUAUUGGUGGGACCCUGGUUAAGCUGGUCUACUUUGAACCAAAGGAUAUUACAGCUGAAGAGGAACAAGAAGAGGUGGAGAACCUCAAGAGCAUUCGGAAGUAUUUGACAUCUAAUACAGCUUAUGGGAAAACUGGGAUUCGGGAUGUCCACCUAGAACUGAAAAACCUGACCAUGUGUGGGCGCAAAGGGAACCUGCACUUCAUCCGCUUCCCCACUUGUGCCAUGCACAGGUUCAUUCAGAUGGGCAGCGAGAAGAACUUCUCCAGUCUCCACACCACACUGUGUGCCACGGGAGGUGGGGCUUUCAAGUUCGAAGAGGACUUCAGAAUGAUUGCUGACCUACAGCUCCAUAAACUGGAUGAACUGGACUGCCUGAUACAGGGUCUGCUUUACGUCGAUUCUGUGGGCUUCAAUGGCAAGCCAGAAUGUUACUACUUUGAAAAUCCCACAAAUCCUGAAUUGUGUCAAAAAAAGCCAUACUGCCUUGAUAACCCAUACCCUAUGUUGCUGGUUAACAUGGGCUCAGGUGUCAGCAUUCUAGCAGUGUACUCCAAGGACAACUAUAAAAGAGUUACAGGGACCAGUCUUGGAGGUGGAACAUUCCUAGGCCUAUGUUGCUUGCUGACUGGUUGUGAGACCUUUGAAGAAGCUCUGGAAAUGGCAGCUAAAGGCGACAGCACCAAUGUUGAUAAGCUGGUGAAGGACAUUUACGGAGGAGACUAUGAACGAUUUGGCCUUCAAGGAUCUGCUGUAGCAUCAAGUUUUGGCAACAUGAUGAGUAAAGAAAAGCGAGAUUCCAUCAGCAAGGAAGACCUCGCCCGAGCCACACUGGUCACCAUCACCAACAACAUUGGCUCCAUUGCUCGGAUGUGUGCACUGAAUGAGAAGAUUGACAGAGUUGUAUUCGUUGGGAACUUUCUCAGAAUCAAUAUGGUUUCCAUGAAGCUACUUGCAUAUGCCAUGGAUUUUUGGUCCAAAGGACAGCUGAAAGCUUUAUUUUUGGAACAUGAGGGUUAUUUUGGAGCAGUUGGGGCCCUGUUGGAGCUGUUCAAAAUGACUGAUGAGCAGUAGAGAUAGAUAACAGCUUCCUGUGAGGAUGGAGAAUUGACCUAGAGAAGGUGAAAUCGCCUUCGGAUGGAAGCCAAGCCAUCAUGGCAGAUGAACCUGCUGGAUUUGUAAAUUAUUUACAAUUCUUCUAGCUAAUCUUUUACUCUUAGUUUUUAAUCUUAUGAUUCAAAAUGGGGGAUAUAUAAGAGUUUUUUCUGUAAACUGUAUUUUAAAAAAUUGUGCAGUGUGGCCAAACUUACCAAUUUAUGCAUUAAGUUUGAAAAUAAUGUAUGAUAUCUAAAAAGGACCGCAAUGUAAGUGCUGUUUAUUAUUCUUCUGGGGUUUACUGAUCAGUGUGGUAAAUUUUAGCUUCAUUUAGUAAUUACUCUAGGAGAUGUUACCUUUACUUAUAUUUUUCAUGACGUUUCAUGAUUUGCUGUUGGUUUCAAAUGAAACUACAAAUCUGGCAUGUUUUACUGUGAACAUUUGUUUGUUUGCCCUCUUUUUUUUUCCUGUCCUUUCUGUUCAAAUGUCUGAUGGAAAAAAGAGUUCAUCAUUGUUUUUGUUCUCCAAUAAUCGUCUUCUCUCCUAGCCACAAUCUUCCUUUAAGAUGUUGUUCAUAUCAAUCAAGGUGCUGACCAACUCAAUGCAAAGUUCAACACAUAUCGAAAGCUCUCAAAAGAACCCAGGAAAAGAAGACUCUGAAAAGGGUUAUCGAUUUGAGUUUAUACAAUGUUGAAAUUUAUUUGUAAUGUUAUUCUUUACAAAUAUAAUGUUUCAUUUAAAUAUGUGUUAUGCUAUGUAAUGUUAAAUUGAAAUAUUCUCAUGGUGAAAUGUGCUUAUUCAUGUAUACAAUAUGAAUGGAAGGAAAUCCUUAUACCAAAAUCAAAUUAUAGGAUGUCAUGGAUUGAGGUACCAGGUGGUAAUAACUGUUUUGUACAUGUAUGUACAUAGGAGCUUUGUAACAAGGCAUCUUAAACAAUAAUAUUAAAGAUUUUGUUGUUGUUUUAUGUUUAAUCCUAAACUCUAAAAGUUAAAAAGAAAUUUAUGAUCUAUGUAUCUAUUUAUCCAUUUAUCAUUUUAUUUUAAUUUUUUUCCUUUUUAAAGAUUCCAUUAAGACUAGUGGGUAACUUUUAAAUGAGAGUCUUGUACAUAUAGGGAACACAUGAGAUCUAAUGAUCUUUUGGGUUGAGCAAACCCUUAAAAGGGAUUUUUUAAGGCAAUAUAAUUGCAAAAUCUCUUCUCUGCCUUCUAAGCACCAUCUUUAAUUGCCAUAUCUUUAGAGUCUUGAAGAAGUUGAUGCUAAUUGAAGAAUUCACUUGUCUGGUUGAAAUAAAGUCUGUUUUUGUUGUGA